AUGGCCCUCAGUCUGGUUCUGAGGCUUCUGGAGUACUUGAUCCUCCUCGGCUUGGGCGCUCUGUCGUCCUACUACAUCGCAGGAUAUCUCCGAAAUAAACACCAGCUGAACCGCUAUCCGGGUCCCUUUCUGGCCAAGUUUUCGAGGCUUUGGCUCGGCUACACUACCCGCUUCGGGAAACGCUACCAGAUCAUCCACCAGCUCCAUCAAAAACACGGCAGAUUGGUUAGGAUUGCUCCGAACGAAUUGAGUAUUGCUGACCCUGACGCUAUCCCGAUCGUCCUCGGCCAUGGAACCGGAACGACUAAAAGUCAAUUUUAUGAUGCUUUUGUCGCCAUCCAUAGGGGACUAUUUAACACACGAGACCGAGCAGACCAUACCCGCAAGCGGAAGAUCAUCUCGAGCACGUUCAGCCAAAAGAGCAUCCUCGAAUUCGAACCUUACAUCACAGACACGUUGGCCUGCUUCCUCAGGAAGAUUGAUCUCGUCGCCUCCGAACCUAAUACGACUCCCGAUGAUUCUAAACCGCUACAAGAUGGAUGGCGGAUCAUCGACAUUCUACCUUGGCUUAAUUAUCUCGCUUUCGAUAUCAUCGGCGAUCUUGCGUUUGGGGAGAGGUUUGGGAUGAUCGAGCGAGGCGCGGACAUUGCGGCGGUAGAGAAGGACGGCAAAGUGAUAUAUCUUCCGGCGAUCCAGAUCCUGAACGAGCGCGGAGAGUUCAGCGCGACCCAGGGAAGUCUACCAGCGGGGUUGAGACCAUACAUGAAGUACAUCGAUCCCUGGUUUUCACGGGGUGCGGCGAGUGUCCAGAACUUGACUGGGAUCGCAACUAAUCAAGUCAACCUGAGACUCUCGCAAUCGGGCCAAUCCAGGAGAGAUUUGCUGGCUCGGCUGCAGACUGGUCAGGAUGCAGAUGGGAAUCCGAUGAGCAAAGAUGAAUUAAUUGCUGAGGCGCUGACGCAGUUAAUCGCCGGAAGUGACACGACAUCGAAUUCGAGCUGUGCGAUCCUAUGGUGGGUGGUGAAGCACCCGGAGGUACACCAGAGACUCCUGGGGGAGUUGGACGAACAUCUGGGGUCGGAGGAAGGCGUGAUCUCGUAUGCGGACUGCAAAGACCUUGCGUAUCUCAAUGCCUGUAUCAACGAGACCUUGCGGAUCCAUUCCACCUCUUCCAUCGGCCUGCCUAGGAUCCUCCCCGAAACUGUCGCGUUCAAGGGCCACGUCUUGCCCAAAGGCUUGGUCUGCUCCGUGCCCACUUACGAAAUCCACCAUGAUCCUGAAGUCUGGGGUGACCCAUUUGCUUUCCGGCCUGAACGGUGGCUGGAACCGAAUGCGAAAGAUCGGGAGAAAGCGUUCGCACCCUUUAGUUGUGGGCCACGGUCUUGCAUCGGUCGCAAUCUAGCGAUGAUGGAGUUGUACAUGAUCACUGCGACGAUAUUUAAACGGUACGACUUCGCCUUGCUCGAUCCCAAUCUUGCCGAACUGGAAACUCGAGAGGGCUUUUUAAGAAAGCCUUUGAAUUGUUGGAUAAAAUACAAACUUCGAUCCCAUUAG